GAAAGAUUAAGAUACCUGAGAAAGAUACAAGCCUAGCUAUCUAGGGUCGGAGAAAUUUAAGAAAAAUAAAGAAAUAUAAAUCCAAAACGAUGCAGUUUCUUCAGUGGAAAGUAGUGUCUCCACCUUCACUUUCUUCUUCUUCUUCUUCUUCUACUUUAAUAGUACUGGUGUUUCUUAUGGCAAAUAUUCAUGUAUGGACUGCAACAGCUUUGGUAAAGCUACCACCUAAUGUAACAGUUCCGGCAAUUUUGGUGUUCGGGGAUUCCAUAGUUGAUGCAGGUAAUAACAACAAUAUCAAAACUCUAAUCAAGUGCAAUUUCCCUCCAUAUGGGAUAGAUUUCAAGGGAGGAAUUCCGACAGGAAGGUUCUGCGAUGGAAAGGUUCCCUCAGACAUCCUAGCGGAAGAGCUGGGAAUCAAGGACAUUUUGCCUGCCUAUUUGGACCCAACAGUGACGCUUCCAGAACUCGUAACAGGAGUAACCUUUGCUUCAGGUGCCACAGGAUAUGAUCCCUUGACACCAAUAUUAGCUUCAGUGAUAUCCUUAGACGAUCAAUUAAAACUCUUCAAAGAAUACAUAGAGAAGCUAAAAGGAUUUGUUGGAGAAGAAAAAACAAACUUCAUCUUAGCAAAUAGUCUGUGUCUAGUGGUAGCGGGCAGCGACGACAUAGCCAAUACCUAUUUUGGUCUGCGUGCUAGGAAACAGUAUGAUAUUCCUGCAUACACUGAUCUUAUGGCUAAUUCGGCUUCUGGAUUCAUCCAGGAUUUAUACAAUCUGGGGGCAAGGAGGAUGUUAGUUUUCAGUGCAGCACCUAUUGGAUGCGUGCCAUCACAGAGAACUUUAGCGGGGGGAAUCCAAAGAGACUGCGCAGAAGACCACAACCAAGCAGCGACCUUAUUCAAUUCCAAAUUGUCUAAAAUAUUGGAUUCUUUUGCUACCACUCUCCCUAACAGCAAAAUUGUGUAUGUAGAUGUCUACAAUCCUCUCCUCAAUCUCAUCCAAAACCCGAAUAAAUAUGGUUUUCUAGUGGCAAAUAAAGGAUGCUGUGGAACAGGGGCUUUAGAGGUUUCAAUUUUAUGUAAUAAAUUAACUCCAGUCACUUGUGCUAAUGUUUCUGAUCAUGUAUUUUGGGAUAGCUAUCAUCCCACAGAAAGAGCAUAUAGGUUAAUUACCACACAACUCCUCUCUAAGUAUGUGGGAAAAUUCCUCUGAGCCAAUUUUAGAUUCUAAGUCAUUUUCUUCUGUUUAAUCAUUUUCUUAAAUUGACAAAGUGAUUGAUAAUGAAUUCCAGAGUUUAUUA